AUGGAGUGGGACCCAACGCAGUUCUUCCGCGAAGACGAAGUAGAGUCAUGGCAGCCAUUCGCCCUUUUGGUCCUCAACCAGCCUAUCAAUGAGACCGCGCUGAGGGCCUUGCGGAAACAUGCACUGGCAACCGUCUGCGCAGACGGCGGCGCAAACCGGUUCUUCGAGUGGGCGAAGUCCCGGGGCGCAGAGAAUACCGAUCUCCCAACAACAAUAAUCGGCGACCUGGACUCCAUCCGCCCAGAGCUCCGCAGCCACUACACAAAGCUAGGCGUGAAUAUCGUGCAAGACGACGACCAGUACUCAACCGAUUUCACCAAGAGCCUACGGUAUAUCCAGCAACAUGAGAGGGAUAUUCUCUCCGCAACUGACCAUGGUCAUGGCCACCUCUCAAUCCUGAUCUUAGGCGGUCUCGGCGGCCGCGUAGACCAGGCUUUCUCGCAGAUCCAUCACUUAUACACGAUGAAUCAGAAACAGGCGGAAGCGAAGGGGGACGGGAAACUCUACCUCAUUUCGGAAGAGAGUAUAACGUUUAUUCUCCAGCCGGGGAUGAACACAAUCCAUGUUCCGAGGACGAAUCGACCAGAUCCCGGUCCCAGUUUUAACUCUGGCGGCCGACAUCCGCCGUCACGAGAUGGAAACGAACACGGAAUAUAUUUGCUGGAAGAGAACGUCGGCAUAAUCCCGCUUUCUGGCCCCGCGCGCAUCACGACCUCCGGCUUCGAGUGGGACGUCGAGGACUGGAAGACUGAGAUCGGAGGCCAAAUCAGCACGAGCAACCAUAUUCGGGCUGAGACUGUGAGUGUGCAGACGAAUGCGCCGGUACUGUUUACGGUUGAGUUGGCGAAGCGACUGAAGCGGUCUGCUAGGUGA